GGGAAAGCUCAUUUCGUUUGGAACAGUAAUCUUGUCAGUGUGUAAGGCUUCUUGAUAAAGCCAUGAUUGAAAGUUUAUGGCUUAAACAAUGAAAUGGUGAAGGAUGGUUACUAAGGAUUCGAGAUUUAUGCGUGGCGUGCAUCCCUCUGGUGGCGAGUAGAGAAGGACCAUCAGAAAGUCACAACAUUGAUACGUGACCGCACCCGUCUUUGUGUGGUUAUGUGCGGUGAUUCAUAGAUAUCGUAUGUAAAAUUUAUCGAAUUCUUGAUAGAAAGUAAAAUAAAAAAUGACAGAGGUUCAUAACUUAGGUGUUGAUGCCAUCAGUUGUCAUGCUUGGAAUAAAGACAGAAAAGAAGUGGCCAUUUGUCCAAAUAACAAUGAGAUUCAAGUUUACAAACGUACAUCCAGCGGUUGGAAGUUAUUACAGAAUCUACAAGAGCAUGACAUGCAUGUCAUGGGUAUUGAUUGGGCACCAAAUACCAAUCGAAUAGUAACAUGCUCUGCAGAUAAAAAUGCGUAUGUUUGGACACAAGAAGGAGAUGGAAAGUGGAAUCCUGCAUGGGUGCUUUUGAGAAUAAAUCGUGCAGCAACUUGUGUGAAAUGGUCACCAUUAGAAAACAAAUUUGCCGUUGGUUCCGGAGGUAGAGUAAUAGCUGUUUGUUAUUUCGUGUCUGAGAAUAAUUGGUGGCAGUGUAAGCAUAUAAAACGUCCAUUGAGGUCCACUGUAACUACAGUAGAUUGGCAUCCAGAUAAUAAAGUUUUAGUUGCUGGAUCUACUGAUUACAAAGUUCGUGUAUUUAGUGCAUUUAUUAGUGAUAUGGAAGAUGCACCUGGCAAUGGUCCAUGGGGUCAUAGUAAUACUUUAGGAACGUUACUUGCUGAAUUUCCAAAUACUCCCAAUGGAGGAGGUUGGAUACACUCUGUUGUAUUUAGUCCUUGUGGUAAUAAAAUUUGUUGGGUAGCACACAAUUCAUCAAUUUGCAUCGCAGAUGCUACUAAAGGAAAUGCAGUUAUACGAUUGUACACAGAGCAUUUGCCAUUUUUAAGUUGUGUCUGGAUGGGGUCCAAUUCCAUUGUUGCUGUGGGACAUAGUUGUAUGCCUAUGCUAUAUUCUAUAGAUGACAAUGGUCAAUUAUAUUUUGUAUCGAAACUAGACAACACUCAAAAGAAAGAAGCUGCCGGUUUGUCCGCGAUGCGUAAAUUUCAAUCGCUGGAUCGUCAAGCGAGAACUGAUACAAACGAUAAUGCCUUGGAUAGUAUACAUCAAAAUACUAUCAAUUGUGUGCGUAAAAUAUCGAAUAACGAAUUUAGUACAAGCGGUUUAGAUGGUCAAUUGGUAGUUUGGGAUCUCAAGGUGAAUUUCAACAAUACAUCGUUUCUUUUGCAUUUAUGUGAUCAACACAAGUAUGUUAACAAACUAAUCUGAUUGUUUAAUUUAGCUACUGGAGAAUUCCAUUGCUGGUCUGAAAAUAGCAUAAAUAAAAACUUUUUUUUAUAUCGGAGAAAGAAAGGGAGAGAGAGAGAGAGAG